GGUCUCUGUGGGGGCUGAAAGUGCCAAUUGACAAACCAACAAAAGCUGAAGAGCCUCGCAUCGCAGCUUUGGUAUUAGUUCGUCGCCCUCCUCCUAGAUCGCAUGCGGCAGGAGACGGAAGUUGCUCUAGCACAUGGCCACGCGUGAGAUUGACGAGCUUCGCAAGCAAUUGGAGACGCUCCAGCGCUCGCACGAUUCCUUACUGAAGAGCCUGACCGCAUCAAAUGGCACCUUUAGACCAUCUGAUGAUCCACCACUUCAUUCCUCCGCAACCCGGCAGGGCACCGAUGCGGUCUUUGCGGACACUUCAACGCUCUCGGACAGCAGCAGCGACGAUGAAGACGACUUCUUUGUGCAAACCGAGCUCCCGUCACAAUCCUUCGAUCAUGAGCACUUACGUGAGCACCUGAAGACGCACAACUGGACCGAGCAUGGUAGAGAGAUUUUAGCGUCGAUCGUUUCCGACCCAGCUAAACUAUCCAAACAACCUCACCUCUUCCAUCUAGGACCCGGCCCGGCGGACGACAGGAGCCAUUAUUCGCAUUUUCAAGUCUACAAUGUGGGUCCUAAUGGGCUGCCCGAACUGGUUGAAGUCAGCGGCGCCGACAACGGUAUGAGCAAAGCAACUGAAAUCUGGCACGCGAUUCGAGACAUCGGGAAGAGCAAGGAUCAAACUACAGUUGGCCGCAUUACGGUCGCUCGAGAACCAUCACCGAUUCUCUUUGGCGCUCUACAUCUGACGCUGCACAAUGCUUUCGAUAUGGAUGAGCUGUUUAGGCAUCUUGUAUGUACUGAAGCUUCAUCAUCGCAUAUGUUCAGAGCCUUUAUGGAGGAUCCCAAACAACAAAGAACCUUUUUCUUCAAUUUCGAGUAUUACACGAUAAUUGGAGACGAUUGCAAACCCAUGCAAUGGCAACGUGCGGAUAAAUUUUCGAGCUCAUCUGAUCAACACAUACCAUUGACCCGGUGCGGUGCGGUUGUUGCUCUAGUCCUGUUUGAUGACCAUCCACGGCGUCUGAGAAAUCGAGGCAGAGGCGCAAAAACAAAAUUCGGAUGGACCCAUGAUGUAUGGUCUCCGUGGCAGGUUCUUCAACUCGAAUGUUUUCCCGACUGGAAGAGCACCCCGUUGAACGGCAUCCCGUAUACCUUCGAAGCAGGCCACCGAUACCUGAACGGAGCAGAAGCGUUUUUGCAUGCACUACUCACGGAGUACCGAGAUGCGCGGAAACGGUAUGAUGAGAUUUACAAGCAAAUCACCGAGCUGGUCACCCCGCCCUUGGGUUUCCUCUUCAACGAGGACUUGCGGAGGAAACGGCUAUUCGAAGACAAGGACUUCACCUGGACGCGGCGCUACUUCUACGCACACCAAGCGCUAGGCAACGUUAAUGACAGUAUCAAAUCAAUGAUUGACGCUUUCGAAGACACUUUUACCGACGACGUAUGGGAAGGGCAAAGUAAGACGCUCUGGCCACUCUUUGAAGAAUCCCCGCGGAACGAUCAUUGGAAACGACGAUUGCGGUUGCUGCGGCUUCAGUUCGAGCGAGAGAUGAAGGAGCUUCGGAUCAUUCAGCGCGAGAACAAUGAACGGCGGCGUGAAAUUGAAACACUGCAGGAACAACUGUUCUCCGGCACGAGCAUCCAAGAAGCAAGGAAAUCGGUCGAGUUAGCAGAUGUUACAGUACACCAAGGAUACAACAUAAAGGUUCUAACUAUAGUUAACCUUUUCUUCAUGCCUCUCACAUUCGUCACCUCGAUCUUUGGAAUGACAAACUUGCCUGCAGAACCGGCUCCUUUCUGGCCCUUUGGCAUCACCUUGGUUGCAAUUUGCAUACCCUUCUUUAGCAUCAUUGGCUUUCUAUCCACUAAAUACGGUUACCGCAUAUGGGCCGCAAAGACGAGGCAGCUAUGGCGCUGGAUGAUACCAAAAGUCAAAUCACAAGCGUCCAAUGAUACGGACUCCGAUACCGCGCCAACCCCGUUCAGCCGAACUAUGUCGACUGAAGAAGGCAUGCGACUACGAUUGAAAAAUAGAGAAGCAGUACCGCGACGUUCAACCCAGAGGCCUGCGCCAAGUCAUCCGCAUAUUCAGCGUAUGGUCCAAAGGAUAGGUGAGGGGAGGGAGAGCAGGCUCACACGCAUAGGCACCGUGGUUAAUGACGAAGAGCUGACGAGCGAGAAGGAUGACAACGUGAGUACAUCCAGGGACACGAUAAUUGACAUAAGAUGAUCAUAAACGCUUGCGAAUGAGAUAUGACUUACGACUGGAUGUAUGACUUACGACUGGAUGUAUGACUCAAUGAGAUGAGGAUGGCCCGGGCAUGGCGAGAUCUACUCGUGAGAGUUGUUAAUUUUAGUUAAUUUUAGUUAAUAACUAAGUAAUGCACCCCAUUCACAUAACC